AUGGUUCGCCUUCGCGAGAUCCCGAGGACCGCGGCCUUUGCCUGGUCGCCCGACCCAUCCAAGCCUCUGUUGAUCACCGGCACCAGAGCUGGAGCCGUCGAUGCCGAUUUCUCUGAUGAAACCAAGCUGGAGCUGUGGGACCUUAACCUUGACAACCAAGACCAGGGCCUCGAGCUACAGCCCGUAGCCAGCAUCAGCACCGAUUCGAGAUUCUAUGACAUUGCUUGGGGACCUCCCGACUCCGACCAUCCUAGGGGCAUCAUCGCCGGUGCUCUGGAGAAUGGCUCCCUCGACCUCUGGGAUGCUGAGAAGCUCAUCGAGGGUUCUGACGACGCCCACAUGUCCCGAACGACGAAGCACACUGGUGCAAUCAAAUCCCUCCAAUUCAACCCCCUCCGACCCCAGAUCCUCGCAACUGCUGGGGCAAAGGGAGAGCUUUUCAUCUACGAUGUCAACGACGUUUCGAACCCGUUCCGACUUGGUACUGCUGCCGCUCGCUCAGACGACCUGGAAUGUGUUGCGUGGAACCGCAAGGUUGCCCACAUUUUGGCCACUGGAGGAUCUGGCGGAUUUGUCACUGUUUGGGAUUUGAAGACGAAGAAGGCGUCCUUGACGCUGAACAACAACAGGAAACCCGUCAGUGCGAUUGCCUGGGAUCCCAAUAACUCGACCAAGCUUCUGACCGCGACCCACGACGAUACCAAUCCUUUGAUCUUCCUUUGGGAUCUCAGGAACUCCAAUGCGCCUGAGCGUACGCUCCAGGGCCACGAGCAGGGCGUCUUGUCUCUGUCUUGGUGUCAACAGGACAGCGAUUUGCUUAUUUCUUGCGGCAAGGACAACAGGACCUUGAUCUGGAACCCUCAGACUGGUGAUCGGUAUGGAGAAUUCCCCGAGGUUACAAACUGGACCUUCCUCACUCGGUUCAACCCUUCGAACCCCAACCUCUCCGCCACCGCUGGAUUUGAUGGCAAGAUUACUAUCCAAACCCUACAAAACACCAACCCCUCAAACACUCAAGCCACGACCCAGAACAACCUGGACGGCGAGGACUUCUUUACCAGCGCGCAGACCCAGCCUCAGGGGGCAUCCUUCUCGCUGAACAAGGCGCCCAAGUGGUUUGAGCGACCGAUUGGUGCUACUUUUGGAUUUGGUGGAAAAUUGGUUAUCUUCAAGCAAAACGCUCAGCAGCGGACGUCCAAGCUCUCCAUCUCGCAGUUUGCUGUUGAUUCUUCCGUUAGCAGCGCAACUGAGAAAUUCGAGGAGGCACUCCAGUCUGGUGACAUUGUUGGUCUUUGCGAGACUCGCAAAGAGCAGGCUAAGACUGAGGAAGAGAAGGCGGAUUGGCUUGUCAUGGAAACUCUGACUGCCGAGAACCCCCGAAAGCGCAUCAUUGAGUACCUCGGAUUCGAUGAGAAGGAGGUCGCAAAUGGAGUUAGCAAGGACGAGGAAGAGAAGUCCGAGGAGCCUGCAGAGGAGAAGAAGGAGGAUACCAAGGAUGAAGACAACUUGUGGGGCGAUGGCGAAGGCGAGGGUGAAGACUUCCUGUCUAACCUCUCUGCAAACAAGGGAGCUAAGACCGACAGCCCCUUCCACUUGCUUGCUGAUACCGACACUGCGGUGGAGAAGUCCAUUACCAAGGCCUUGAUGCUCGGUGACUUUACCAAGGCCACCGAGAUUUCUCUCAAGGAGGAGCGCUGGGCUGACGCUUUCUUGAUUGCUAACUGCGGUGGACAACAACUGGUCGAUAAGGUGCAGAGCGCCUACUUGGCCAGCAAGAGCGGUGUUCCCAGCUAUAUCCGUCUUUUAGGAUCCGUCAUUGCCAAGAACCUAUGGGACGUCGUCUACAAUGCUGACCUUGAGAAUUGGAAGGAGACAAUGGCUAUUCUGUGCACAUUCUCUGAUCCUAAGGAAUUCCCCGAUCUCUGCGAGGCCCUUGGAGACCGUAUCCUUGAAAGCGGCUCCCGCAAGGAUGCCUCUUUCUGCUACCUAGUCGGCUCGAAGCUCGAGAAGGUCGUCUCCAUCUGGAUCAAGGAGCUUGAGGAGGCUGAACAGGCCGGUGUUCAAGAGCCCAGCGAUGACUCGACUUUCUCUGUCCAUGCCCGCUCUCUACAGCACUUUAUCGAAAAGGUCACCAUCUUCCGCCAAGUCACCAAGUUCGAAGACUCUGGGAAGACCCAAGCUGCCGACUGGAAGUUGUCAGCUCUGUACGAGAAGUACACAGAGUACGCCGACAUUAUUGCCGCACACGGUCAACUCGCGGUUGCGCAGAAGUACUUGGACCUACUGCCCGACAGCUACCCCGCGGCAGAUCUGGCAAGAAACCGCUUGAGACUUGCAACUCAGAGGAGCGGAGUCUCCCAGGGUGCCCCCAAGGCCGCCACUGCCGCCGCCGCUCGCAGGCCUGGACAGCCUCCGGCCGUGACGAACCCGAGAGCCACCCCAGCUUACCAGCCCACUGUUCCGGCUCCGGCUCCAGGUGGCUCCAACCUGUACGCGCCGGCCGGGCCUUCCCUCAUUAGCCCUCCUGCGCCAGGAGCAGCAUCGAACCCGUAUGCUCCCACAUCCUCAGUUGGUUUCACUCCAACUCCUGCAGCAGGCUUUACGCCCGCUGCUACUCAUUCACCAUAUGCUCCUGGCCAAGGCUACCAGCCUCCUGCCGCUCAGCCCUACCAAGCACCCUCUUACGGACCACCGCCUACCAACUUUGGCGCACCCCCAAACAACUUUGGUGCCACGCCCCCUCCUCCGCGAAACUCUACGCCUACGUCGAGCUUCCGUCCUAAGGAGAGCUGGAACGAUGUGCCAUUAGUUGCCAGGGCACCGCCUCCUCGUAGAACGACUCCCAAUGUUGCUCCGAUCACCUCGCCCUUCCCUGGCCAGGUGAACCAGGCCAGCGCUCCUCCUCAGAGCCCCUAUGGCCGCACAGGCUCAACCCCUCCUCCACCUCCUCCCAAGGGUCCGGCCCCCCCUCGCGUUACCUCUCCUCUGGCUGGGCCUCCGCAAGCCUUCCAGGCGCCUCCGAGACCGACGUCGGCCGCGUCGAACGCAUAUGCUCCCCCGCCCCCUCAGGCCGGCGCUCCGCUUUCUUCCAUGCCGCCACCCAUGGCCCGGGGCCCCUCGCCGUACAACCCGCCUCCCUCCGGCGCACCUCCUUCCAACCGUUAUGCCCCUGCUCCCUCGGCGCAACCUCAGACUAGCCAACCGCCUUUGGGAUCAGCGCCACCGCCGGGCAACCAACAGCCGCCAAGGAACCCGUAUGCUCCGCCCCCACAGGUUGGAGCUGGAGCACCGCAGAGCCAGUACGCGCCCUCGCCGUACGCAGCCCCUGCUGCUGCUAGUGCACCCCCGCCAGCGGCAUCAAGACCUCCCACUGGGCCUCCUCCAGCGGGCGGCCCCCCACCCGCUGCUAGAUCCGAAGCUACCCCCCCUCCCCCGAAGGCAGCGCCCCCUCCGAAGGCCCGGCAUCCCGCCGGCGAUAGGUCUCACAUCCCAGCCCAUGCUCAGCGGUUGGUAGAUGUCCUCAACUCGGACAUGCAGCGUGUCGCUUCGCGGGCGCCUGCUUCGUUUGCCGCUCAAGUGAAAGACACUCAAAAGCGUCUCAACCUGCUGUUUGACCACCUGAACAAUGAGGAGCUAGUCAAGCCUGACACAAUCGACCAGCUCUCGGCACUGGCCGAGGCCAUUGACCAGAAGAACUACGAUAUCGCUCAAAAGAUCCAAGUCGACAUUCAGAAGGAGAAGACUGAAGAGUGUGGUAACUGGAUGGUUGGUGUCAAGCGGUUGAUCAGCAUGAGCAAGGCUACUCCAUGA